AUGCUCAAGCUCAGAAGCCUUUCAUUGGGGCACUUCGUCUUCAGUAAUCAAGGUGAGGUCGACUGGAUAACUUCUUUAGAUCUCGAGGAGCUUUUCCUCGCAGGCUGCGCCGUCCUGGCCAAACACAUUGGCCAUCCAACCACACAGAAGGGCUUCUGGACUGUUGGCCGCAAUUUGUUUUCAACGGCCAAGAUUGGGGGAGAGGUGGAGAGGACUUGUUUGUGUUGGCAUGAGAUCAUUUGGAAAAUUCGCACUUGUAUGCUAAACCUGAAACGAUUUUGCAUCGUCCGCCAGCCAGGCCUAAGUUACCACUUUCGAAAGUUUUGUGAAGUCGAAGGCCUUAGCGACUCCGAACUUUCCUCUGACCCAAACCUCUGGCAACAAUUUAUGGACCUCAGCGGAUGGGACCUCCGGUCUUGCGAAACGGCGUUUCAGCACUUUACAUGUGCCACGUCGCCAAGGUUGUGCCUCGAAUCAGACGCUUUUCUCUGCUCCCGUUCCGGUCCUUCUACGAGCUUUAUUAACAAUUCCUCCGGCUACAAUUAUGUUUCUCACAAUCCCAUAUACACAGAGCAAGCCUCAUAUGAGGAUAUAGAAGCUGGCCAAUUAAUCAGUAACAUGGAAAAAUUGGCGACGAUCGAGGUUAUUAUCCUACAUUCUAUGUUGUUCAAGAAAAACGAAGAGCAGUAUAUGGGCGCUGAAAAGCUGAGACUGGUGCCGAAGAUGGGCACUCAUGACACGAAUGGAUACAUGACAGGCUUGCUGAGCCCUCUGCUUACAUCUCUUGAGCUCUCUCUUCUCAAGAGGACAUUGUAUCUUUCAGACCUUUGA